CCCCUCAUCACCAUAUUCAACAAAUUUCUCUCCCACUCUCUCCCAAAACCUCUCCGCCCAAAUUCCCCCUCAAACCAUGUCCGCCGCCACCCACCUCUCCGGCAACCCAGCUAAGAUCUUCCACAAACCACCACACCGGCGGAACGAUUCCACCGAGCUCGACGUCUUCGAAGCCGCCCGCUACUUCUCCGGUAGCAACGAACUCAUUUACACCAACACUUCAUCAUUCACUCACAAGAUCAUCAGAGAGGAUCACAGCAGCCGGAGAGGCGGACGAAUGAGCCUCGACUUGCCGUUAAGAACCAAUGCAGCUCCACCGCCGCCGUACACGGCGGAGAAGCCACCAAUCAAAGAGAAAAAACACCGGCAACAACCCAGCUCCCCGGCUGGUCGGCUCGCCAAUUUCCUCAAUUCCCUCUUCAACCAAUCAGCUUCUCAAAAGAAAAAGAAACCCAAAAAUGGCAUGAAAAACGAUGAAUUUCAUCACGAAAUUGGAGCAAGAAAGAGAAGAAGCAGUUUAAGUUCGCUAAUUGAUUCAAAAUCAUCUUCGAACAUCUCAGCUCCCAACAAAAAUUACAAGGAAAUCAGAAACCUUUUGGAUCAGACACGACCACCUUCCAAGAAUCUCGGAAAUGUUAAGCAAAAUUCUGAUCUCCCGACCAGAAAAAUCAAAGAUGUCGACGAUGAUGCUCAAAGUGAUUCAAGUUCCGAUCUUUUUGAGCUAAGAAUCUACGACUUCGAUUGAUGAAUAUGCCAUAUGAAUCUCUACAAUAAUAUGAUAUUGUCCAUUUUGUGCAUAAAUUCUCAUUGUUUUGCUUUUAAUUUAUCCAAAUCGCUUCGUAUCAAAAAUUUAUUUGUAACA